AAUUUCAGGGGGGGUUUCAGGAGGGAAACUUCACUAGCCUAGCUAGAUUUGUCUCGAGUUAGAUCCCCCCAAAAUUGGUGCUUACCCGAGUGUUCUUUUAAAAAUAUAGCUAGUGAUUUUUAUCACACUGAAGGGAGUCAUGUCUGGUAUAGCCUUAAGUCGUCUUGCACAAGAAAGAAAGGCCUGGAGAAAAGACCAUCCUUUUGGGUUUGUUGCUGUGCCAACAAAAAACCCAGAUGGAACAAUGAACUUGAUGAAUUGGGAGUGUGCCAUCCCGGGAAAGAAGGGGACCCCAUGGGAGGGGGGCUUGUUCAAACUCCGAAUGCUCUUCAAGGAUGACUAUCCUUCUUCACCUCCCAAGUGCAAAUUUGAGCCCCCUUUGUUCCAUCCAAAUGUAUAUCCCUCUGGUACAGUCUGUCUAUCGAUUUUAGAGGAGGACAAAGACUGGAGACCAGCCAUCACUAUCAAACAAAUAUUGUUAGGAAUCCAAGAGCUCCUAAAUGAACCAAAUAUCCAGGAUCCUGCACAAGCUGAGGCGUAUACAAUUUACUGCCAAAACAGAGUGGAAUAUGAAAAAAGGGUUCGAGCACAAGCCAAAAAGUUUUCUCCAUAAAGCUUCAAGACUACACAAGAGAAGAAAUUGGUUUGCUGAGGAUUUUGUCUCUGCCCCCUUUUUGUCUGCCUCCAACUAUUUCCUGCUGGACUGUUUUAAAACUGAAUGUGUGCCAUUUCUGUCCAUCACCCACAUACUGAUGCACCCCUUUGCUUUUUUUUGAUUUGGAAGUCCUGGAUUUGAAGGUGGACUAUGCUGUCACCACAAAGGAUUUUCCGUACUCCAACUGUGGUAUUUCUUUUUUCAAGAGCUCACGCUUGUCAGAGAAGACUAUACGAAAUGGGAGUCACUUCUGUUGAUUUUUAUUAUUCUAUUCAAUGUUAGAAUUAUUUUCUAUAUGUUCUGAUAAAGAUAUAGAGAAACAGGCCUCAAUGAAUCUAUUCAAAGGUAGUUUAGUGUCUCUGCAUCAGACUCUUAAGUUGUUUUGGUCCAAAUAUUUAGAUUUAAUUAAAUAUGUUUGUACAAAGCUAGUGUUAAUACAUGUAGAUGGAUUCAGUUCCAUCUUUCCCAAUGCAUUGUGUUGCCAGUUGAAUGUGUGUUACUCUUGAAGGUGGACUUUGGGUAACAAUAACAGCUUUAGACUAUUUACAUGAUUGAUUUGAUCAAGGUCAUUUUAAUGCUUAAAAACAAAUUGUUGAAUAAGAUAUUUGGCUACAGAAGUGCCAUUUAUCGAUCGUUUCUGUCCAAAAACCAAAUCCUGUGACAUAACACAUACUGGAUGAGUUACUGGCUAGCUUAACGAACGACCUACAUCGUUAGCUGCAUGCAUGACCAGAAUGAACUACUAAAAGCAAACCAUUUCUUUUUGAAUAUGGAGAAAGCUUAGGAGUUGGACUGUUUGUCGUACCCAAAGUCUACCUUUUAAAGCUGUUAGUGCACCAUAAGGAUACUGGAUUGUAAGGUUUUGAGUGACCGUCAGAACUGUUCAAACGAGACUGUUUCAUAGGUACAAUCUGGUAACCCUACAUAAGGGACUCUUUCAACGGCGGAUGUAACGGGUUUAUAGAUCCUGGCGGCCCGUCAUUUAUUUAGUUUUCUGAGAUUGUUUUGCACGUAAGACCAACAAAUCAGCUCAAAGUGAUUUUUAUUUGAGGUCUGUUCCAAAGUAUUCCCACGCAAAAUAGAGAUGAGAUUGUUAGCAAGUUUUGAAAUGGUUUUGUCAAAUAUCUGUUUGGGAUUUUUGCGGUCAAUUUGCAGUCUGCAAAUAUUUUAUGUUCCGGCCCCCUGACCAUCCGCUCAAGGAAAACUCGUCCUGCUUUGAAUCAAGUUGCACUAUCCCUUUAGAGCAGGGAUUGUUGAGAUUUUGACAACUAAGACAUGUUAUCCAUGAGUUCAUAUGAGUGGGCAGGUAGAAAAAGGCAAAAUAGCCAAAAUCUCUCUUAUCCCUUUAAUCAAUAUAACUAGGGAAUAGUAAUUGACUUCUGUAUGUGUGCAUGUCACACCUUUUCAAAGAGGGAAUCCUAUUCCCUCUACACUAACCCCAUGGGCCCUUUUAUGAUUGCGUUUCACAUUCUGGUUACAGCUAGCAAUUAACACAUCAUGCAAAUUUCAGGUUUUGUGAUGCAAAUUAUAUCAUUAGUGCAGUCACUGUCAUGCACACCAGCUAUACAUCCUGUUUUGUGGCAGAUUUGCUCAGGAACCCAAAUCAGUGUUGAUAUUACAUGGCCAACAUGUUUAUCAGGCUGUGUGUUUUGAAGUGACUCAUUUCUGUCUGAUUGUCAUUGACAGACUGACGUGAGUUUUUUGGGGGGGGCUUUAUUCCUUAGUUUCCUCUGAUCCGCCUCAAAUUGCUACUCUUACUGUGUACGUGAAUAAUAACCAAAAUGAGUGUUGCUGUGUUGAUGAACCAAGCUGAUGCCAUAAGGUGUUCCUUGGGUUGAAGUGGCAUAAUUCUGUAAGUCAGAUUUCUAAUCAGCUCAGUUCAUCCACUAAGGCAAUCACUUUCAGAAAAUCUCCUUGGUGUCAUACAUAAUAAGCAUGAUACAAACCUUGAUUACACCUCAGUGACACGGUGGUGUGUUGUGGAUGGCUAUUGAUUUAGUCAGUGUUAAGUCAAUGUUCGCUACUUGUUCGCUAACUGAAAAUAAUUUCAGGGUGAGAACAAAAAACUGGGUGUAAUGGAAGAGCGUUGAUGACUAUCUGCAGGUUGGCUUUAUGGGGCGUCAUUAAACAUGGAUUAAAGCUAA